CAGAUGAAAAAUAAUUGCGCCAUCAGCGUCAUCAUCCAGAGUUUGUAAAACUGCUCUCAGGAUUAUGGAUGAGAAAGAAACUUUUGAUCCAAGUAUUCCCGAGGAGGGUCCUUCAGUGCCACCUGCAGGCUGGUUGGACAGUGUGAUGGGCUAUGAAGACCACAAAGGUGGAGAUUGCACGGAUCAGAUCUACCCUCCUCCACCUGACUUCAUACCUGAGCCUGAGAAUGACAGGAGUGCCUCCAUCCCCAAUGUGAUGCUGCCUCAUGUGUCUGAAGAUGUGGCCAGGGAGGCUUUGCUCAAGUUUGUGGGGAAAAAAUGGACGUACAGCAGCAAACCUGCCCAGAACCUGGUCUUCAAGGAUUUGAAACCUUUUACAGUGUAUCGUUAUCGCUUGGAAACAUUUACAGAGUCCAGAUCAAGUGCCUGGGAGCAUGAGAUAUAUACUGGUCAGUAUGUGGACGGGCCGCAGUACGGCAGGAUCCCUCCUCCGUGGCAGGUAGACGUACAACCUCCACCCAAAUUCACUGACACGGUCCAGAAAGUGCGCGUGCCUCACACCUCAUCUGUAAAGCCUUGUCAUCAGUGCCAGGGGAAAGGACAUGUGCGCUGUACACACUGCCAUAGUAGAGGAUGGAUCAGCUGUAUGUCCUGUCAUGGCACUGUACACGGUCGGAACAGAAAAUGUGUUGGCUGCCAUGGACGGGGAAGAAAAGUAUGUACAUGGUGCCAUGGUAAUGGUCAUAAAACAUGCCGCAAGUGUAAUGGGCGUAAAAAGCUGUUGCAUUUCAUUCAACUCACUGUCAUGUGGAAGAGCCAAGUGUAUGAGUUCAUACCAGACCGGCUGCCUGAGUUCCCCAUAAAGAAGUUUGAGAAGGUGUCUGGGGAAAUCUUCUUUAUAGAUGAAAGUCUCCUGGUAUAUCCAAUCGUAGGUUUCCCUGACCAGGAUAUUUGCAACGCCUCUGAAGAAGCCAUCCAUGAGCACUUGAACAAAUACUCUGCUGUCAGUCGCAUCUUGCAGCAGAGACAGUCAGUAGAGUUGGUGCCUCUUACUCAAGCCUUCUACUCCUACAAUGGGAAAAACUAUGACUAUUUUGUUUAUGGGACUGAAAAGAAGGUUCACACCAUGAAAUAUCCGACUUCCUGCACUGUGCUGUAGCAUCUCAUCUUACGAGUUUAUUAAUGGUGAACAAAAUGGUCUUUUUAUAAUAUUAAACCCUGGCUGCUGAGCAGUGCCUUACAGAAAUUAUAAUAUAUGCUUCUGUCGCUUCUUUGUUAAAAAUAACCAUAUUUUUUGCAGAAUGAUGAUCAUAUGUGCCAAGGAAACAAUUUGUCAGUUUCAAUAUUUUCUGAUGUAUAAUGUUGGCUUAUAUUACAUAAUAUGUAAGUGUUGAAUAUACCUAUUAGUAAUGUAAACCAGUAAUUUAGGCUCAUGCCAAUUUGGCUUGCUUUAUAUACACGUUAUAAUUUUGUAAAGGGUUUUGAUUUUUUUAUUAAGAAUAUGUACUAAAUAUUUAU